CUUCUUUGCUGCCAUUUCUGCCAGAGUUGAAAGAGAUCAUCCUGUCCUGGAAUGGUUGUGUUGGUGGGACUUUGAAAGCUCUCACUGUUCAUCUUCAUCAUGUAAAUCUGUUAAAAGUCCUUCGACUUAACAACUGCAGACUGACAGCUGAGGAUGUCACCUCCUUAGGAGAGGCAUUUGAAAUUGUUCCUCAACUUGAAGAACUGGAUUUAUCAUGGAACAGUAACAUAGGUGGAAAACUAUCACUCCUGACAAAAAAACUCCCCAAAGGAUGCGAGUUAAAAAUUCUGAAAAUUACAGACUGUAACCUGACAGCAAAGGAUGGAGAAUCCCUUGCUGAAAUUCUAACUGUGGUCCCAAACCUCGAAGUAUUAGAUCUCUCUAUCAACAAACACAUCGGCUGCAGCAUGAAGGUUAUUGCUCAGAAUCUGAAAAAUGUGCCAGGCUUGAAAGAGUUAAACUUGCACAUGUGUGGAUUAAAGCAAGACAGCCUCCAGGGCUUAGACACUGCUUUACAGCACCUUGCCGAGCUAAGGAAAUUAGAUAUAUCAUGUAACAAAGAGAUUGGCGGUGGCUUUAAAGACUCAACAGCUCAUUUGGCCAGCUUGAAAAAUCUUGAAGUCCUUGAUCUCCACCAGUGCUGUGUAACAGAAGAGGACAUGACCGUUUUGUCCCAGGUGAUACCUUUACUUUCCAGUCUUCAAGAGCUGAAUUUAUCCUCAAAUAAAAAUGUAGGAGUCUCAUCUGAUCCUCUUCUGGGCAGGCUCAGGUUUUUACCGAAGUUGAAAUCUGUGGCCAUCAGCAAUUGUGGUUUGAGCGAAGAGUCGUUUUCAUCACUAGCUGAGGCUGCCCUUCACCUUCCUGAACUGGAGAUAUUAGACCUUUCUUGGAAUAAGUGCGUUGGUGGGAACCUAAAGCUGCUUUUGGGAGCACUAAAGCUUGCAACGGAGAUUCAAGUGUUAAGACUGAGCAGCUGUAACUUGGUGGCUGAAGAUUUGGCACUUCUAACAUUAUUGACACAGGAUGGCCAUCUAGGCAGGUUACGGAAGCUGGAUUUGAGUUAUAAUCACAACAUCUCUGACGAAGGGUGGUCUGUUUUCUGCCAAGGCUUAGCAGUGUUCAAAGAACUCUCAGAGCUGGAUGUCAGUCUCCGCCCAUCGUCCUGCCGUGACUGUGGGGAAUGGUUCAGCCAGUUGUUAGCAGCACUGACAAAGCUACCGGCCCUGGCAGAGCUGGGGAUGCAAAGAUGGGUCCUUUCAGAAUCGCAGCAGAAACAACUGGAAAGCUUUAAUCAAGACAACAAAAGAAACAUUCGGUUUGACUAUUGA